AAUCGUGAACCUAUGUGUGAGUUUGUGACUGGAUGUGUGUAUGUGUGCUGGGUUUUUAGGGACACGCCCACCGUACGUGAACGCCCCCAAUCGUGGGAUCGCGAGGCUCCGAUAGGUCGGCGCAGGAGAUGCUCGGGCUUUAUAAAGGACCAGGUUGCUACUAGUUGCCCUGCUGCUGCUUUCGCUCAUUUCUGUCUUAAUUCCAUCUUUUGUACCUCCGUUACCACCAUGCCCAGCAACCAUAAGAAGAACAAGCGCCGCAUGAGGAAAAAGUUCCUCGCCGGCCAAACAGAAGCUGCAGAGAUCAAGAAACUGCAGGAGUCUGCUUUGAUUCUGCCAGGGCAGAAGAUUGUAUUUCCAGCUUCUCUGAUCACGCCAGUGAGAGAAGUGAAGCCUGUGGUCUUGGUCAAAGAACAUGUCAAUGUUCCCAAAGCUGCCAAGGUUGCCAAACCCCGAAAGCCAGUGCAAGCAGAUGUUAUCGAUGGGAUCAGCGCAAAGGCACCAAAGGCCAAACCUGCAGCAGCUGUGGUGGCAGCCGUAGUCGCCGAAGCCAUAGCCCCAGCAGAGAAGGCAGAAGUUGAAGUAACGGCAGAGGUGGCUGUUGCUGUCCCAGUGGUAGUGGCUGAAGUACCGGAGGUAGCGGCUGAAGUAACUGCGGUGGAGGCUGUUGCUGCACCAGUGGUGGCAGAGGAGGCGGUUCAAGUGGUAGCAGAAGAGGUUGUCGACGUACCGGUUGUAGCAGCUGAAGAAACGGCAGAAGAUGCUGUUGCCGCACCAGUGGUAGCAGAGGAGGCUGUUGCCGCACCAGUGGUAGCAGAGGAGGCUGUUGCCGCACCAGUGGUAGCAGAGGAGGCUGUUGCCGCACCAGUGGUAGCAGAGGAGGCUGUUGCCGCACCAGUGGUAGCAGAGGAGGCUGUUGUAGCAGCUGAAGUAACGGCAGAGGAGAUUGUGGUAGCAGCAGAGGAGGCUGUGGCUGUACCAGUGUUGGCCGCUGAAACCGAAGCCACACCAGAACCCAUAGCGGUAGCGGAUCCAGUAGUGGUGGAGGCUGUGGUCGCUGAAACCGAAGCAACACCAGUACCAGUACCAGCAGCAGAGGAGGCAGUUACUGAAACUGAAGUCCUACCUGAGCCAGCCACAGUGGAGGAGGCGGUUGUCGAUGGCGCAGUCACCGAAACCGAAGUCCUACCAGCAGCAGUGGCGGAGGCAGUGAUUGUUGCAGUUACCGAAACAGAGGUCCUACCCAAACCACCAGCAGAAGCAGUGGAGGAGGCGGUUAUCGAUGCUGUGUGUGCCGCAGUUUCUGAAAUCGAAGUCUUGCCAGCAGCAGUGGAGCAGGUGGUUAUCGAUACCGGGAUUGCCGCGGUUACAGAAACCGAAGUCACACCAGAAACGGCAGCCGUGGAGGAUGUUAGUGAAACAGUCUCAGCCGUGGCAACAGAAACCGAAGUCGUAGCGGAAACCACAGUGGAAGCAGAGUCGGGAGUUGAGGCUUCUUUGGCAAUUGAAGCUGUUGUUGAGGAGGUGGCUGUAGCGUGCGAAAGUGAGCCAUCCGUGGUGGCUGAAGUGCAGGUUGAAGAGAAGAGCGUCGAAGAGGAGGAGGUGGUGGUGUUGACUGAAGAAGUUGUCACAAUAGCUGAAAACACAGAGAGCACACUAGAGGUAUUGGCAGAAGACCUCUGUCACCUCGAGCAGAAGUCUUUCAUCGAAGAGCCUUGUCUGACAGAGCUUCCAACAAAGACCAUGACAAUGGAGAUUUCCCCACUGGAAGGCCUGGUUUCUGCUCAGACUCCGGUUGAUUUACAUUGAGAACUCGGGCCACGUUGAGAUCUGCAUGUGAUGCAAUGCAGAUGAAAUUGACUGGACGGAAGACUCUAUCCAGGGGCUGAGCAGUCACACUCUACCCUAUCCAUUUAUCAAAGGGUUUAAACACAGAACUUUCAAACAAUAAUCACACUAAAGUGCCUUCUUAUAAAGUAACAUGAAGUUCUCCAAGGAAUCGACUCGUCUUCGGCCCUAUCGGGUAUAAUCUGGACCAACGGGUAUCUUUAAAGGAUGCACAUGGGUUGCGGGGGUUGAUUAGGAUACAUAUGGCUUUGUUAGGGUACAUGUGGGGUAGAACACAUAGAAGGUCCGAUACAUGGUCACACCCGAGGCUCGUUACCACGGAGACAGUGUUCACUGUUGAAGAUGCUAUACCAGCAAGGCGCAUCAAUCAAGUCCAUUUUUUCCUCGUUUUUAUUCCCCGUUUUUUUUUUAUUUCACCUUUUCUAUACUGUGUUUUAUAUAGUCCAUACAAUGUGCUUUAGCAAAGCCCAGAAAAAGUGAUGGGGUUUUGUUGGUUGGGACAGAAGAAGACUUUCAUCUUUAUGAAAUAAAUGAAGCUGUAACUCAACUGAAUAAAGACUACAAAUGUGA